AUGGAUAGCUAUAUUGCAAGUACAAAUGAUGCGAUAAGGGAAUGCUUGAAAUCGGUAUAAAAUUAAAUUGAAGUAAAUUUGAGCUAUUUAUAAAUUAAUAGUGUUCUUUCAACAAUAUUGAUGCAUUGCUAGAUUCACUUUUUAACAAUGCUUCAUCUUCUUUGAAUUUCAGCAAUCAAAGUUCAUUUUAAAAAUUAUUUAAUGAAUCUUUAAAUGACUUUCCAUAAAUGAAGUUUGAGAAUUUCAGCUUUCUUUAAUAAAAUCAAAAUAUAUAUAAAACAAAAUAAAUCAAGAUUGAAAUUACAAGUCAGAAUAGAGAGAUCUAAUAAAUAAAAAACCCUUAGCUGUCAGUUUAGAAUAUCCAAUAAUUAAAUUUUGCAUAAAAUAUUCAGCAAUCGAAAAUAAUUUAAGCUAAUCCAUAAUCAAAUGAUAAAUCAUUUAGUUAUAAGCUUUUAAAACAAUGUUAAGAGAACAAAUGUUUUAUAAUAGCUAUUAGCCAAGAUUGUUCAUAACUCCUGGCUGGAUGUUAAUCAUAAAUAAUUGUAUAUGAAUUCAUAUAAGGAAUCAUGAAAUAAACUUAGAUUUUAAACAAACAUAAGAAGAAUGUAUACACUCUAAGCAUGAUGAAAAAAUCUAAAUAAUUUAUAUCUGGGGGUUAAGACAAUUCUAUCAUUUUAUGGUAAAAAAGCGAAAAUCAAUAAUGGGUUUCUAAACAAAUAUUAAAUGGACAUGGAGGAUCUAUCUAUUGUAUUAUCAUUAAUGACAAUGAAGAUUUAAUAAUAUCAGGAAGUUCUGAUGACACGAUUAAAUUUUGGAUGAAGUAAAAUGAAUGGUACCUAAAUUAAACAAUUACAGAUCAUUCUAGUUCUAUAUGUGGACUGAGUUUUAAUCAAUACUAAAACCAAAUUGUUACUUGUAGUUCUGAUAAUUCAAUAUUGAUAAUUUAAAGAUAAGAAUAGAAAUAAGAAUGGAUUGUUGUUUAAAAGAUCGCUGUUGAAUAAUAUGGAGAACGAGUAUGUUUUUUUGAAAAUAAUAUGUUUGCAUUCUCUCCAUAUAAUAAAGAAUCUAUCUAUAUUUUUGAGAUGGAUCAUAUUAAUAAAUAGUUUGUGAGAACUAAAGAUAUUUCUAUUAAGUGUGGAGAAGGCGGUUAAUCUUUUUUUCCUUAUUAGUAUAUAAAAUCAAAACGUAUACUCGUGAGCAAAAAUGGUGAAUAUAUCAAUUUUGUAAGGAAAAAAUAGAACGGAGAUUUUGUAAAUGAAUAAUUUAUCCAUUUUGGAACUAACUAAUUAUAUGGUGGAAUUAGUGAAGAUGGAGAGUACUUAAUCACUUGGGACUAAAAUUCAAAGCAAAUUUAAAUCAGAAGAUAUUAAGAGGAAUGA